AACAUUACAUAUUUACAUUAAUCGUAAUGGAACUGUGCCACUAUUGACCUAUUGCCCCGUAGGUAUAAAUUCCAACAAAAAGAUAAACGAUUUCUAAUUUUCUUAUUUCUUGUUAGUGUUAACUGUUAAGACGUAUACACGGUGUCUUUUGCCUAUUAUGUUACAAAUCUACGAUCAGUGUUGUUCAUCUAAACGUGUUGUCUUUAUUGCAAAAUAGUCUGUCUUAAGCGGAUUUCAAUUUUUUGUUUAAGGUUAUAUAUAAUGAAGUUGAUUUUUAAGUCACUGGGCUCAUUACCCUUACGCCGAUUUCUAUCAACUGCACCCAAACCAUUAAAUCCUGUACAAGAAGCUGCCCUGGAAGAGCGCUGUAUUCUUGUUGACCAACAUGACCAGGAAUGUGGCUUUGCCAGUAAACGAGACUGUCACAGACUAGUAAAUGGGAACCUACCAUUACAUCGUGCGUUCAGUGUCUUUUUAUUUAACACCAAGGACGAACUACUAUUACAACAACGUUCAUCUACUAAGAUCACAUUCCCUGAUCAUUAUACUAAUUCUUGCUGCAGUCAUCCACUAUACGAGAUUGAACAUGAACGCAAAGACUUAGAAGGUGCUAAAGCUGCUGCUUGUCGUAGACUUGUGUUUGAAUUAGGGAUUCCUACAAGCCAGUGUCAACCUAAAGACUUGCAAUAUAUAACUAGAAUAAGGUACAUGUCUGAAGGAGAUGGAACAUGGGGUGAACACGAAAUAGAUUAUAUAUUUAUUUUGCAUAAAGAUGUUUCAUUGGAUCCCAAUCCAGAUGAAGUGAGUACUGCCUUGUAUAUUCCCAAAUCGAAAAUGGAAAAAUUCUUAAAGAAUUUAAAUCAUCCAAUUACACCAUGGUUUAAUCUAAUUGUACAAAAUGAAUUGACAAACUGGUGGGACAAUUUAAGAUCUCUGGAGAAAGUCAUGAAUCAUAAAAAAAUUAUUAGCUAUUAAUUAUUUUUCUAUUAUGGGAAAUAAUAAUUAUGAUUGGGACUAUUUUAAAAUUGUUAUUCAUUUAAUUAUAUUAUUUUAUGAUAAUAUUGUUCACAUACAUAUACAUAAAUUUGAUAUUUUAUUUUUUAACUCAUUAUGCAAUGUCUAUAAUAUUACUAUAUAAUAUAUUAAAAAAUCAAUGUUCAACAUUGAACUUUUAAUACUUAAAUAAUUUUUUUAAAACAAUUAGUUUAAAAAAAAAUACGGGUUAAUGUUCAAUAUUUUGUAUUAAAAUUUUUUUUACAUUAAUAUAUGUUGUUAUUACUUAUUUUUAUUAUUAGUAGAAGUAAAUAAACUUUUAGUAUUGUUAUGAAAAUUAAAGAUUUAUUUUCUUUGAAAAAUAUAUAUUUUAUUUUCUAAUUGA